AUGGAGCAUGUCGGCCAUCAAAGUGGCAGAUUUCUGAAUUUCCAUCAAAAUGUCGGCAUCAUACUUUAUCGUAUUUGGCCACUUACUCCCUUCCUACACUCUUACGCUGUCCUACACGUACUCGGCCCAAAUGGAAACCACACCGUGCCACAGUUACGCUUCACUGUCGUCAUGCCUACAGCAGAUCGACACUUUGCAGAGGCGUCGAUUUGCCCUGGGAGAGUGGGCCUCAGAAGGGCACUUUUGUCCGGGCAACAACCGCACAAAAAUGUACAGUUCUUCUACGCUCGGAUGACGAGUAGGCGGGACCAAAUUGCAAAAACGUGA